AUGCGAAGAAAAAGCUCAUUUAAGCAAGAGCGAGGAGCGCAUCUUCAACUUGCACAGCGGCACCGUAAGAUUGUCGCUGGCUGUUUUCAGGGUCCCACAACAUUUGAGCCCGAGUUUGCCACGCCCGGUGUUGUUGGCAAUAUCUCGCUAAGCUUUACGACAUCAGGACCAUUGGGUCAAUACUCGCGAGUGACGUGCCAAUUACCGAAUCAUGGGUGGUCUCUUUCGACGAUUCCGCCACCAAAUGUUGUGAUUCGAUUACCAUCUUCAGAUGAAAACGAAGCACCUGAAACGAUGCCGCGGGUUCAGAUGACAUGGAAUUCUACUGCGCGGAUCAUGGAAUUUACGCUUUUGAACGAAAGUGUUAUCCCCGCUGGAACCCCCAUAAAACUUGUCGUGUCGGGGGUUGGCACACCCGAAAAGGCGACACCGCAAAGUGAAGCUAUCGUCACAACUUUUGAAAAAGUAGUGACAAGAAAGACUGUUCCGCCGUCCACGCGUGGAGGGCAAAUCAUUGACGGUCCUUCAAUAUUUACGAUUCCCAAAAUCGUACCUGGGGCGAUUAGUGGAGCCAGACGCUGGAGUCCAUUAAAUUGCUGUCCCGGAGUAGUAACCGAUGUCGAGCUGGCAUUUAUAGUAAGCGGAAAGGUACCUCCAGGUGGAAAAUUGCUGGUGGAGUUGCCACCGCAUGGUUGGGAUAUGGAUGAACAUCCAAAGGUGUGGCUUCGAACGUUUAUGUAUCCUGAGAAAUAUCUUGCGGCAAUGUGGAACUGCAAACAGCACACUCUUGAGAUUAUAGUAGAUGGAGAUGACACGUCAAUAGCAUCGAAGACGAAUGUGGUACUUACAAUCACAAAUGUGACCAAUCCCAAAAACGAAACCAUUCUUUUGAUUGGUGACCAACUGAUUACAGCGGCGCGUCUAACCACUUUAUCAGCAAGUGGCGGUGUGAUUGAUGGACCUGCCAGAAUAGAAGUGGCUCGCAUUACUGAGCUUCGGGAACGUGAUUACAUAUUACUUACUCAAGUACUUGACGCUGGUGGUGCUGAUGAUCUGUCGGUUGAUGGUGAAGGAAUCGCGAUUGAUAAAGUGCCUGAGUUAUUGCGACGAGCAGGAUUACUGUUAUCAGACAAUCUAUACGAGACACUUGUUGUGCCGUGUUUUCCCGUGCACACUGGUCUUUCUUUAGCGGCUGACAAGGAAGAUAAAAUGCCUUCUAUUUCACCGCUAAUCAAACGCUUAUCUCGAGAAGAGGUACUAAAUGUAUUUGCGCUUGUGUAUGCUCCAGCAUACAAAUACGGGCAGAAACUUCGUUUAGCUUGUGGUCGGGGUCAAUUAGAAAUUGUUAACGAAUUAGUCAGUCGUGGUUGUAAUCCUAACGCUAGUGAUGCGUCCGGUUGGUCUGCCUUGCAUUAUACAACUGACUUCGGUCAACUUGAUGUGCUCAACUUUCUUGUCGAAAUUGCUUCCGUACAAUCAGAAAGCAAUGAGAUACGACCGGUAUUACUUGAUCUCAAUGCCCGUGAUGGUCACGGUUGGACGCCACUGAUGUGCGCAGCGGCUAACGGUCACAUUGAUAUCAUCCAGAGGCUUCUACAGCUCGGUGCAAAUAUUUUGUUGUCAAGCUCUGAAGGUCGAUCUGCGUUGCACUGGGCAGCAAGUCGUGGCAUGAGUGCGGCAGUAGCAGUGCUAAUGGAUGCUGGUGCAGACGUGAAUCAAGUAGAUCAUAGCGGGUGGACACCUCUACACUGUGCAACGAUACAUGGUAAUACUGAUUGUGCGGCAUUUUUGAUUGACAAAGGUGCCGACAUAACAAUUCGAGACAAAUUGAACCAUGUUGCUCACUUUUACAGCAAUCUCUAG